UGCCUUAAUAUUUAAAGACCUCAACAACCUCAUUUUCUCUUCAGCUUGAGGUUCCCUUCUUCAAAGAGAACACACAAGCUUCUUCUUCCGAAACAAAUCAAUUUUUUGUUUUUGUUUUUUCCUAAUUUCUCCUUUUAGUUCAAUUCUUUCUUUCUAAUUCCUCUCAAGUCCCCGCAUCAAUAUGCAGACUCUCUCACCGUCCUCUUCCAACACACUAGGGUAUUUACUUCCCCCGCGUCUCUCACGGAAUCGGGUUUCUCCGACCCGAUUUUCCGUCAAAUGCAGUUUCGGGUUUGAACAGGCGAAUUACGGAUUCGGAUUCGGAUCCAGCCGAACUGACUGGCAAAGCUCAUGCGCUAUUUUAGCCAGCAAGGUCGUUUCUCAGGAACAAUUUUCAACUGACCAUAACGGUGGCGCCGCCGCCGAUCACGUUGCAUCCAUCAACGGCCACAAAUCCGCAGUUAGCGACCUCAAGCUCGUUCCAAUCGGAAACCUCGACGGCGCCGGCGAAGGCGAAAAUCUCAAAUUGGUCCAGCCGAAGCCCCUCACCAUCUCAGAUCUCUCGCCGGCUCCGAUGCACGGUGCGCAGCUCCGCGUGGCUUACCAAGGCGUACCUGGCGCGUACUCCGAAGCCGCCGCCGGAAAAGCCUACCCGAAGUGCGAAGCCAUUCCCUGCGACCAAUUCGAGGUGGCGUUUCAAGCGGUGGAGCUCUGGAUAGCCGAUCGUGCUGUUCUCCCGGUGGAAAACUCCCUCGGCGGUUCGAUCCACCGGAACUACGACCUCCUCCUCCGCCACCGCCUCCACAUCGUCGGCGAGGUCCAGUUCCCAGUCCAUCACUGCCUCCUCGCUCUCCCAGGGGUUCGAAAAGAGUUCCUGACCCGCGUGAUUUCUCACCCGCAAGCCCUCUCUCAGUGUGAGCACACGCUCACCAAAUUGGGCCUCAACGUCGCACGUGAAGCUGUGGACGACACCGCCGGUGCCGCGGAAUUCGUAGCCAACAACCGCCUCCGUGAUACGGCGGCGAUUGCGAGUGCACGCGCCGCUGAGCUUUACGGUUUGCAGGUGUUAGCAGAUGGAAUACAGGAUGACCCGAGUAAUGUAACCCGAUUCGUGAUGCUGGCCCGAGAACCCAUCAUUCCCCGAACGGAUCGACCCUUUAAGACAAGUAUUGUUUUUGCGCACGAUAAAGGGACUUCAGUGCUUUUCAAAGUGCUUUCUGCAUUUGCGUUUAGGAACAUAAACUUGACGAAGAUUGAAUCAAGGCCUCAUCGCAACCGUCCAAUUAGGCUCGUUGAUGAUGCCAAUGUGGGAACCGCUAAACACUUUGAGUAUUUGUUUUACGUUGAUUUUGAAGCUUCAAUGGCUGAUGUUAGGGCACAGAACGCGUUGGCAGAGGUUCAGGAAUUCACCUCUUUCUUGAGGGUGUUAGGGAGUUACCCUAUGGACAUGACACCGUGGACUCCGUCUUCCCAAGGAGAUUAGCAAGCAACGCUCUUAUUUCUCUCUUUGAAAAAAAAAUACAAAAAAUACAAAAUGUGUCAUAUCAGUUCUUAAUUUUGUGAAUAAAAGAAAAAAACCCGAUUAUUUUAAUUCUCUUUUACCCCAUGUAUUUUAAUUUGUAUUCUUAUACUUUUUUUUUUUUUUUUUGUUUAUUUAGAUCGUUGGAUUUGAGGGCUUUUGUUUAUUAGGAUUUUCAAAUGAAUCAGAAUUAUUAUAAUAUGUAUGUACAUUUUGGUAG